AACCAGUCCAACAAACAACAACAAAAGAGAAGGAGCGAAGCCAACGAGGCCAGCCAUCAGCGAUAACCACAAGAAAGCACCCAACUGUACAAAACCAAAAGCCCCUUCCUUUAUAAACCCUUCUUUCAUUCAUUCAUCGCACUUCCCCUUCCAUCCACCUCCACCAUUCUCCUUCUUCGCAUCUCUUCUGUGCUUCUGAUCUUCCUCUGCCAACCGAAGAAAGAGGAACUUAAUCAACAAUGGCGUCCAUCACAAGAGCUUCCGUCUCCAUGCCGUCCCUCUCCACCUCUGUUAACCAGAGCCAGCGGAGGAUAUCUGGGAUGAAUUCCGUCUCCUUUCCCGUCAGUGGGAGAUCGAUGAUUCCUUCUCUUAGAUUGCAACGCGGGCUUCAAGUCUGCUGCGCGGCCAAGCAAGAGACCGUAGACAAAGUGGUUGCUAUCGUGAAGAAGCAGCUUGCUCUGCCCGCAGAUGCAGCUGUCAAUGGAGAGUCUAAGUUUGCUGCUCUUGGAGCUGAUUCCCUUGAUACUGUUGAGAUCGUGAUGGGGCUCGAGGAGGAGUUUGACAUCACCGUGGAGGAAGAGAGUGCACAGAGCAUUACCACAGUCCAAGAGGCUGCUGAUAUGAUCGAGAAGCUCGUCGAGAAGUGAAUGAAGCUUUUUGCUUAAGUUAUUUCAUCAACUGAGUUAUGGUGUUGGAGGUUUUUUUUCUAGUUUCUAAGAAGAAUCUUUUUAGUUUGAUGCAGUUUCUGAAACGUUUCGGUUGGCUAGUUUGGCCGUCGUGCGCCUGAACUUAAAUUAUGAUACUGUGACAGUUCUUGUUUGUUCUUAAUGGCUGGAUUUCGUUGGACAGCUCAUUGGCUCUCUUUUUUUCUUCCUUUACUCACUGGUUUUUAAAGGUUAAGUUUGUUCGCCGAUUUGAUUCGACAACAGAUGUUUGCCCAGCAUUGUGGAUUCUUUUCGGGUCUGAAUUGGUUACCGUACUAACACCUAUAUAGCUUAUGCAUGACAGUCAAACCAAACACAACUGGUAUUCGACCAACUCAACGCGGGGACUAAUUAUCAGUAAAACUAGGUGGCGAUA